CAAAAGAGUCCCUUAGUGUUCUUUAGUUGGCCUUGUACAUUUUGCGUUUAAAUGCAAUGCGUUGUUUCAGAACAGGCCAGAAGCUAUGCAGUCCUAUGAUGAAGAUCUCUUUGAGAACAAGUUCUUUGUUAACUUACAGUCGAAAUAUGCAGAAAUCUACAACUUUGCUGCUGACAACAGAUAUAUGAUCUGUGUCCCCAGAACAGGUCACAGCUCCUCUAAAUAUCUUUAUACUGAAGAGGACUACAGAAACCAUAUCCUGAUCCCAGUGGAUGACACUCCAGGGACGUUCAAGACAGCCAAUGAUAAGGAGGUGACAAUCCAGAGUGGGGUCAUUACAACAGGUCAAGGGUUCAAGGACGUUAGAAAUGUGAGUAAUGCAUACACUACGUAG